AUGUCUAUCUCAAUUUUGUUUAUACGUCUCCCUAUCUAUCUAUCUAUCUAUCUAUCUAUCUAUCUAUCUAUCUAUCUAUCUUUUUCCUCAGGCGAUCUUGCAAAUACACUAUCUAUCUAUCUAUCUAUCUAUCUAUCUAUCUAUCUAUUCUUUUUAGAUCUAUCUCAUUCACUUAGUUCUAUCUAUGUAUAUAUCUAUGUAUUUAUCUAUCUCAUUCACUUUAGAUCUAUCACUGACUUUUCAUAUCUAUCUAUCUAUCUAUCUAUCUAUCUAUCUAUCUAUCUAUCUUGGUUCAUAUCUAUCUAUCUAUCUAUCUAUCUAUCUAUCUAUCUAUCUAUCUAUCUAUCGACAGAGUCUCGCUAUCUAUCUAUCUAUCUAUCUAUCUAUCUAUCUAUCUAUAUAUAUAUAUUAGAUUGUGUGAUUACUCGUUACCGUCCUGAUGUUGGUAUCUAUCUAAUUCUUUUUAGAGAUAUCUAUCUAUCUAUCUAUCUAUCUAUCUAUCUAUCUAUCUAUCUAUCUAUCUCAUUCUUCUUAGAUCUAUCUCAUUCACUUAAUCUAUCACUGAUUUUUCAUUAUCUAUCUAUCUAUCUAUCUAUCUAUCUAUCUAUCUAUCUAUCUAUCUAUCUAUCUAAGUCUGUUCGUAUCUAUCUAUCUAUCUAUCUAUCUAUCUAUCUAUCUAUCUAUCUAUCUAUCUAUCUAUCUCAUUAUCUAUCUCAUUCACUAAGUUCUGUCUAUGUAUAUAUCUAUGUAUUUAUCUAUCUCAUUCACUUUAGAUCUAUCACUGACUUUUCAUAUCUAUCUAUCUAUCUAUCUAUCUAUCUAUCUAUCUAUCUAUCUAUCUUUAGAUCUAUCUAUCUAUCUAUCUAUCUAUCUAUCUAUCUAUCUAUCUAUCUAUCUAUCUCAUUUUCUUUAGAUCUAUCUAUCUAUCUAUCUAUCUAUCUAUCUAUCUAA